AUGGACCUUGGAGAUGAAGGGAGCUCUCCGUGGGGAGAUGUGCCCUCACGGUCGAGCCCUGCGCCGAGUACUCACAAGGUAGAGCAGAACGACAGCCUGGACGCCGAAUCUUCCACGACCUCGUCCAAGCCAGCGACCGAUGCUGCCCCGACAGCCUCCGCCGCCCCGCGCUCGCCCGCAGGACGCGGCCCCAGAAGGCGACAGUAUGGCCUGCAAUCCACCAAGCUUGAGGCUGUUGAUGAUCCGCUGGGCCCUCUGGGUGCUCCCUCGCCGUCGACAGGCCCUGAGGUUGCUCCUCCAGCGCCGCCUCAGAAGGAAGCUGCUGCGUCGCGCACCACCCGGGCCGCCCCCGACGCCUCCACGCCUUCGCUGCGCGGCAUGAUGGAUUCGGUCGACCUUGAUGACGACGACGCGCAGCUACGCUCUUCUCAAGGAGCCAGAGUACCGCCUCCAGUACAGGCUCCUUCGAAUGCCGCACCCCAGCGCCAGACACAGCCAAGCGUCAGCGUCGAGCAGGCCGCGAAGCCGUCCUUUGCCAUUUCGGUCGGCGACCCUCACAAAGUCGGUGACCUCACGAGCUCGCACACAGAAUACUCCGUUACCACCAAGACGACGUCCAAGGGCUACCGCAACCCCGAAUUCACCGUCUCGCGCCGCUACCGUGACUUCCUCUGGCUAUACACACAACUGCACAACAACAACCCCGGAGUCAUUAUCCCUCCACCGCCGGAGAAACAGGCCGUUGGGCGCUUCGAAGCCGACUUUGUUGAGUCGCGACGCUCCGCUCUGGAGCGUAUGCUUAACAAGGCGGCUGCGCAUCCAGUGUUGCAACACGACAGUGACUUGAAGCUGUUCCUCGAAAGCGAAGCCUUCAACAUGGACAUCAAGAACAAGGAGCGCAAAGAUCCCGGCAUAAGCGAAAGCAAGGGCAUGUUCGGCUCUAUGCUCUCUGGCAGCAGUGGUAAAUUCGUUGAACACGACGACUGGUUCCACGACCGCAGAAUCUACCUCGAUGCUCUAGAAGCACAGCUCAAAGCUCUUCUCAAGGCUACUGACUCUGUAGUCACACAGCGGAAAGGUCUAGCUGAGGCGUGUGGCGACUUCUCGGCUUCUCUGCAUUCUUUGUCUGCUGUCGAGUUAUCACCAUCUCUGUCCGGUCCGCUUGAUAGCCUUUCCGAUAUCCAGAUUCGCAUUCGAGAGCUUUACGAGCGCCAAGCCCAACAAGACAUCCUCACCAUGGGCAUCGUAAUAGACGAGUACAUUCGUUUGAUAGGUUCCGUAAAGACCGCGUUCCAGCAGCGACAGAAGGCCUACCAUUCCUGGCAUUCUGCCGAACAGGAGCUACAGAAACGGAAAACCAAUCAGGACAAGCUCUUGAGGCAAGGCAGAUCACAGCAAGACCGUCUGAACCAGCUCAGCGCCGACGUUGCAGAUGCCGAACGCAAGGUCCACCAAGCAAGGCUGCUUUUCGACGAUAUGGGUCGUCUGAUGCGUAGUGAGCUAGAGCGCUUUGAGAGAGAAAAGGUCGAAGACUUCAAGUCGGGCGUGGAAACCUUCUUAGAGAGUGCUGUAGAAGCACAGAAGGAACUCAUCGAGAUUUGGGAGACUUUCCUGAUGCAAUUAGACACGGAUGAAGGCGAUACUUUCGUCCCUCCCGCGGGUGUCGUCGCUUCGUCGAACGUGGAUGAGGCACCAAGUAACGAUUCUACCAAUAACCAAGACUCAGAAAGACCGGAAUACUACAUUGCAACAUCCACUUUCGAGUGGUUUCCAGGAGUGCAAAUACACCACUCCACGGAUCUCGCCAACUGGGAGCUUGUCACACGGCCACUGAGCAGGAAGAGUCAAUUGGACAUGCGCGGUGACCCCGAUAGUUGCGGUGUAUGGGCACCUUGUCUCACACAUGAUGGCAGCAAAUUCUGGUUGGUGUACACAGACGUCAAACGCAAGGAUGGCUCCUUCAAAGACACGCCCAACUACAUCGUCACUGCCGAUCGCAUCGAGGGUCCGUGGUCUGACCCCAUUUACAUCAACCACUCAGGAUUCGAUCCUUCACUGUACCAUGAUGACGAUGGCAAGAAGUACUUCAUAAAUAUGCUGCAAGACCACCGAAGACGUAAGCAGUUCUUCGUUGAAUGGGAUCCUGAAACGAAGAAACUUGUUGGCCCAUGGAAGACUAUCUUCCCCGGUAGCGACUUAGCUCUGGUAGAAGGCCCACAUCUGUACAAGCGGAACGGGUGGUACUACUUGUUGACUGCUGAGGGCGGCACAGCAUAUGAACACGCCUGUACUUUGGCACGAUCCCGCGAUAUCUGGGGCCCAUACGAACUGCACCCUCAAAAGCACAUAAUUACUUCCAAAGACGCGCCGCUAGCUUCGCUACAAAGGGCGGGCCAUGGAGAUAUAGUCGACACUCCGGACGGCAAGACGUACAUUGUCCAUCUGGCUGGCCGCCCUACCACACAAUUCCGUCGCUGUGUUCUUGGGCGUGAGUGCGCUAUUCAAGAGGCUUACUGGGACAAGGACGAUUGGCUAUAUGUGAAGAACGGACCCGUUCCAUCUCUUCAUGUCGAACUGCCGGCAGCGCGCGACGAUACCGCAUACUGGGCUGAGCAGCGGUACGAAUUCAACAGCAAAGAUGGUCUCCACAAAGACUUUCAGUGGCUCCGCACCCCGGAGCCAGAGCGCAUCUUCGACGUCAAAGAUGGUGCUUUGCAACUCAUUGGGCGCGAGGCCGUUGGAUCCUGGUUCGAACAAGCCCUUGUCGCACGCCGUCAAACGCAUUUCUCGUAUGAUGCCGAAACAGUCGUUAGCUUCGGCCCAGACGACGAACGCACAUUCGCAGGCCUGACUGCCUACUACUGCCGCUUCAACUUCUUUUACUUGACCGUCACGGCCGACUCUGAUGGCAAGCGUGAACUGCUCAUCUUGAGCUCGGAAGCUUCGUGGCCGGACGGCAAUUUGAAACUCCCGCUCGCGGAGCCGGUGUCACUCCCACAAGAGGGCAAGGUACGAUUGGCGCUGAGCAUUCGGGGUAGAAAACUCCAAUUUAGCUACGCGCUAGAGGGACAAAAGGAGUUGACAGAGAUUGGACCUGUCUACGAUGCUUCGAUUCUGAGUGAUGAGUGUGGUGGUCAUCAAGCGUGA